AUAUAGACUUUACAACCUUUCUCCAACUUGAUUGAUCAAUAUCUUCGUUCGAAAGAUGAUGCUCUCUAAAACCAUGCUCAUCUCCCGCGAUAUAACAGGUUUGAAGCUUUCUGAGUUUUGGGAACCAUGGCUGCAGCCCGGCUCACCCUGCUUGUGGGAGACUGCCAGCAUUAUUCUCCAGCUUGGGUUCCUUGCAGUACUCUUAAGUGGUUUUCUGAAAAGACUCAUCGAGUCACCGUCCAUCCGCGAAUCGAAAAUCAAGAUCCAAGAAACGUACCCAACCAAUAUGAAGACCGGUCUCCUUUACAAGCUGAGUUUAGCCAGCUCGGUUCUGUUACUAGGAACACAUAUCAUGAUCCCGCUAAUGUUGAAAACUAGAAGCGAAGCAUACUGCAAACUAGAAAUCCCGAUUCUAUCAUCAGAAAUUAUGCAAAUCGUGUCGUGGGUCAUGACCUUGAUUGCGUUAUACAUGAUCCCAAAACACAAAAACAUAGAUUUCCCUUGGAUUCUAAGAUCCUGGUGGCUAUGCACUUUCUUGUUGACGGUUUUUCGGUUAACUCUAGAUGUCCAUUUUCUAGUUUCUCAUCACCAUCGCCCAGAACUACUCGAAUACAUCGACUUUUUUGGACUUGUAGCCUCGACCUGCUUGUUGUUUCUUGCAAUACGAGGAAAAACAGGCAUGACCAUGGCUAAUCCAAGUGCUGUCACGGAACCGUUUCUGGAUAGAAACUCUAAACAGCACCAUUCAGAAGAAAAAAGAGAAUGCCCGUAUGGAAAAGCUUCUAUUUUUCAACUUGUUACGUUUUCUUGGCUCAACCCCUUGUUUGUCGUAGGAAUCAAGAAACCCCUUGACCAAGAUGAAGUCCCAGAUGUUGACAUUAACGAUUCCGGUAGCUUUACAUCAAAAUUCUUUGAUGAAUGCUUGAAUCAUCAGGGAACCGAAAACCCUUCUAUAUACAAAGUAAUCUAUCUCUUCACAAGAAAGAAAGUGGCAAUCAACGCCCUUUUCGCCGUUACAAGCGCUGCUGCAUCAUAUGUGGGGCCGUACCUUAUCAACGACUUGGUGAGUUUUCUGAACGAAAAAGAAACCAGGAGUUUAACCAGCGGCUACCUUAUUGCGGUCGGGUUCUUGACUGCAAAAGUUGUCGAGACACUAACUCAGCGGCAGUGGAUCUUUGGUGCUCGUCAACUAGGACUCCGGCUUAGGGCGGCUUUGAUAUCUCACAUAUACAAAAAAGGGCUUGUGUUAUCUAGCCGAUCGUGCCAAAGCCACACAAGCGGUGAGAUCAUCAAUAUUAUGAGCGUUGACAUCCAACGAAUCACGGAUUUCAUGUGGUACAUUAACACGAUCUUUAUGUUGCCGAUUCAAAUCUCGUUAGCUAUGUUUAUUCUUCACAUAAAUCUCGGGCCGGGGUCGUUUGUGGGACUAGCAGCAACGAUGGUAGUAAUGUCUGGAAAUAUACCAUUGACUAGAGUUCAGAAAUGGUAUCAGUCAAAGAUUAUGGAGUCAAAGGAUGCAAGAAUGAAGUCAACUUCAGAAGUUCUAAAGAACAUAAAGACACUAAAACUUCAAGCAUGGGACAACCAUUAUCUUCAAAAAUUAGAAAGUUUCAGGAAAGUUGAAUACGAUUGGAUCUGGAAAUCGCUUAAGCUGAAUGCUCUAGCGGCUUUUGUCUUCUGGGGCGCGCCAACUUUCAUAUCCGUGAUGACUUUUGGAGGCUGCGUUUUGAUGGGCAUCCCCCUGACGGCUGGCCGAGUUCUAUCUGCAUUGGCUACAUUUCGAAUGUUACAAGAUCCUAUAUUCAACCUACCCGACUUACUGAACGUAAUUGCGCAAGGGAAAGUAUCCGCAGAUCGGGUGGCUUCUUAUCUGCAGGAAGAAGAGAUCGAGUCGGAUACAGUAGAGUUUGUUCCUAGAAAUCUUACUGAAAUUGAUGUCAAGAUUGAAAAUGGACGAUUCAGCUGGGACCCGGAUUCAAGAACAGCGAAUCUUGAUCAAAUCCAGCUAGAAGUCAAAAGGGGAAUGAAGGUGGCUAUCUGUGGAACCGUUGGAUCAGGAAAAUCUAGUCUGCUGUCGUGCAUACUUGGUGAGAUGCCUAAGCUAUCGGGAACAGUCAAGAUCAGUGGUACAAAGGCUUAUGUUCCCCAGUCUGCGUGGAUUUUAACAGGAAACGUUAGAGAGAAUAUUCUGUUUGGGAAUGCUUACGAUAGAACGAGGUAUGAGAAGACAAUCAAAGCGUGUGCUUUGACUAAAGAUUUCGAGCUUUUUUCAACAGGAGAUCUAACGGAAAUCGGGGAAAGAGGGAUAAAUAUGAGUGGAGGCCAAAAGCAAAGGAUUCAGAUUGCUCGUGCAGUGUACGAUGAUGCUGAUAUAUAUCUUCUCGAUGAUCCUUUCAGUGCUGUGGAUGCCCACACCGGAACCGAACUCUUUCAGGAAUGCCUUUUAGGGAUGCUUAAGGAGAAGACCGUGCUCUAUGUUACACACCAGGUUGAGUUUCUUCCUGCAGCAGACCUCAUUCUGGUUAUGAAAAAUGGAAGAAUUGAUCAAAUGGGAAAUUUUAAAGAACUUCUAAAGCAGAACAUAGGAUUUGAGGUUCUAGUCGGAGCCCAUAACCAAGCUCUAGACUCUGUUCUAGCUGUUGAGAGUUCAAGUAGAGAACCCGAACAGACACCAGUUGAAGAAGAACCAACUUUGAUCACGGAACUCUCGCAAACUAAGCAAGAUUCGGAGCACAAUUUAUGUGUCGAUAUGUCGAAAAAAGAAGGAAAACUGGUGCACGAAGAAGAAAGGGAAAAAGGAAGCAUAGGGAAAGAAGUUUACUGGUCUUACUUGACUUUAGCAAAAGGUGGAUUUCUAGUACCGAUUAUACUUCUGGCUCAGUCUUCGUUCCAGUUUCUACAAAUCGCUAGUAAUUACUGGAUGGCGUGGGCAUGUCCAACCGACUCAACUGAGAUCGUGAGUGGAAUGGGCUUCAUUCUACUCGUUUAUACACUUUUGGCAGUUGGAAGUUCGCUAUGUGUACUGCUACGAGCCUCACUUGUUGCUAUCGCUGGCCUUCUGACUUCAGAAAAGCUUUUUAACAAUAUGCUUCAUAGCGUUUUACGUGCACCCAUGGCAUUCUUUGAUUCGACUCCAGCUGGACGGAUCUUGAACCGGGCAUCCACAGAUCAAAGUGUGAUAGAUUUAGAGAUGGCAAACCGAAUAGGAUGGUGUGCAUUUUCAACGAUUCAGCUUCUUGGAACAAUGGCGGUCAUGUCUCAGGUGGCAUGGGAAGUAUUUGCCAUCCUUAUUCCGGUGACUGCCAUUUGCAUAUGGUACCAAAGAUAUUACAUACCGAGUGCAAGAGAAUUGGCUCGGUUGGCAGGCAUAGAAAGAGCUCCAAUCCUUCACCAUUUUGCAGAAUCGCUCACGGGUGCAGCAACAAUCCGUGCCUUCCAACAUCAAGACCGGUUUAUCGAGAAAAAUCUUUAUCUCAUUGACAAUCAUUCAAGACCAUGGUUUCAUAACGUUGCAGCCAUCGAGUGGCUUUGUUUCAGGCUGAACCAGCUAUCAAAUUUUGUGUUUGCAUUUUCACUAGUUCUCCUUGUAACUCUUCCUGAAGGAAUCAUUGAUCCAAGCAUUGCUGGAUUGGCAGUAACGUAUGGAAUCAAUUUGAAUGUUCAGCAAGCUUCGGUUAUAUGGAAUAUAUGCAAUGCGGAAAACAAAAUGAUCUCGGUUGAAAGAGUGUUGCAAUACUCUAAUCUUACUAAUGAAGCACCCUUGGUGAUUGAAGAGGCUCGUCCGCCAAGUGAAUGGCCACAAAAUGGAACCAUUUCUUUCACAAAUUUGCAGAUCAGAUAUGCAGAUCAUCUCCCAUCUGUGUUGAAAAACAUAAGCUGCACAUUUCCAGGAAAAAAGAAAGUUGGUGUUGUUGGUAGAACUGGAAGUGGGAAGUCAACACUGAUACAAGCCAUAUUUAGAGUUGUAGAGCCUGCAGAAGGAUUCAUCACAAUAGAUGGUAUUGAUAUUUGCAAGAUAGGCCUUCAUGACUUGAGAUCAAGACUUAGCAUCAUCCCUCAAGAUCCCACCAUGUUUGAAGGAACGGUUAGAGGAAACCUCGACCCCCUACACCAGUAUACGGACGUAGAUAUCUGGGAGGCCUUGGACAAAUGUCAACUUGGUGAUAUAGUUCGUGGGAAGAACGAGAAACUGGAAUUUCCAGUGGUUGAGGGGGGAGAAAACUGGAGUGUUGGGCAAAGGCAGUUGUUUUGUCUUGGUAGAGCGCUGCUUAAGAAAAGCAGCAUUCUUGUUCUUGAUGAAGCUACAGCAUCCAUUGAUUCUGCAACCGAUGGAGUUUUACAGAAAAUUAUUACCGAUGAGUUUAAAGAAAGAACCAUCGUCACGAUAGCACACAGAAUCCAUACAGUUAUACAUAGCGAUCUCGUCUUGGUGCUUAGUGAUGGAAAAAUAGCGGAGUAUGACACGCCAAUGAAGCUAUUGGAAAGAGAAAACUCGUUCUUCUCUAGACUCAUAAAGGAAUACUCGGUUAGGUCAAAUUUCGACAAAAAGUGAGCUAGCUAAUUGAAGACGAGGAUUCACUUGGAGCAAGUAUUGCAAGCUCACAUAUUCAUAAAUGAAGAUAUGUUUGUAUCUGUAGUCAUUCGAUACCCAGAGUGUUCUUAACGAAUAAAAUGAARUGAAAACAUAUGUGCCUU